UCGAGACAGACGGGGAAGGGCGAGCGUCUUUUUGGCUGCCUGGCGCUGGUGGAUCUGUAGCUUACUAGACUUUGUGAUUUUCAGCCACUGAUAAGCCUGUUUCUGUGGAAGAAGACCAACUAAUGGUCUCAGUAAAUGAUAGCAAACUGGUAUCUGCUUCAGGUCUGUUGACUACGUCAGCACCUUUUCAACUAGAUAGCACUGCAGAUGCACUUAAGCCUGAUAUGCCACCAUUAAACCUACUGGAGGGUUGCGAUGGAAAACAAGUAUCAAAUCCAGCAAUUCUCUCCAACCUUCCCAGCUCUUUGGAGAUAGAUGUCUCACUGCCUAAGAUAAAGAAGGAAGUAGAGAAACCCCAGAGCACCAUCUAUGAAGCCCAUCUCAAGCUACCUGAUUUUUGUACAGAACUCUCUAGGGAUUUCAUCCCUACCCUGGAGGAGAUUGAGGAGUUCCUGAAUGAGAAGACAGCAUUUCUUAAGGAUGAGCCAAACAGCAAGCAAUCAGUAGGAGGGCAGCUUGAGAUAAAAUCUGAGAUCAAUUUGAGCAGCCCUGGGAAUCAGUGUAUUUCUAGAACUGCUCUAAAUGAAGACCUUUCAAGCCGUGUUUCAUCUGGAGUGGCUGCUGCAGGUACAAGCAUCCCUGAAACAAUGGGAAAUGUUCCUGUUCUUCAGAUCCAGCCCAUUCAAGCAAGUGAAGGUAGUUCAUCAACUCAGGGCCUUACUGGAAGUAUCAAAGUGGCCCAACUGGUCAUCAAAAUGCAAGGCCAGAGUGUGACCAUUCUUCCUCAGGUCAUCCAGAGCCCUAUGAUAAGCACAGACCAGAAGUAUGUACGAAUAGCUCCUUUGCCUGUGACAUUGAGGCCAGGAGUCAUUGGAAGCACAAGGAACGUGGAAGCCAAGGUCCCCAAAGCCUCCUCUUCAGUCAUCCGAGUCCACAAGUGCACACAUCCUGGCUGUACCAAGAUGUACACCAAAAGUUCUCAUCUGAAGGCUCACUUCCGACGCCAUACUGGAGAAAAGCCAUACAUCUGUACAUGGCCGGACUGUGGCUGGAGGUUCUCUCGUUCGGAUGAACUCUCUCGCCACAAGCGUUCCCAUUCUGGACUCAAGCCUUAUCAGUGCCAAGUUUGUGAGAAGAAAUUUGCCCGCAGUGACCACUUAUCCAAACACAUGAAGAUCCACAAAGUAUCAUUCAGUUUGGGAAGCCAGACAAAUCAGGGUUGUGGUAAAAGUUAAGUCUUCCUUCAUUGCCCUGAUAAAAGAAAAAUUCCGGGCAAGAUAAAUGGAAGUAUAAAAGACUGUAUUUCUUUGGAAGAGGAGGAAAUAAGACACUAAUUGUGUCAAAAUCUGUGGAAAGCCCAAAGCCUACCUCUAACCUGAACAUGCCUUACAAUUAGUGCUCACCUCCAAUUGGAGUCUCCUGUUCUGGUGAACUCUUGUAAAAUUUGUAAUUAUGUUUGAGGGACUUAUUUGACAAUUAAGGAUGCUGGAGCAGGUGUACGGGGAAGAGAGUCUUUGCUUUCAGUUCUGGAAUGCUCCUCCCAUGAUGGACAACAGGGAUACUUACAUAAAUGGAAACUGUAUUUUACAGUGUUUCUUUCUCAGUAAGCAUACAUUUUAUCAUUGAGUCUAGAACUGAAAAUUAGACGGGGAAGACCACCAAGCAAAUGUUUGCUAAACAUUGACAAAUGCAGGAUUCAAAAUCAGAAACUCUCUUGCUGUCAGAAAUGGGUUUCAUAACAUUCAGUGCCAUUUGCUUUAACCAUUAGUAUUUACCGAAAUGGUUGAAUUUUGGAUAACUCUGAAUUUUAUUAUGGCUCCCAUAGCCAAGAUUUAAAUGCUUAUUCUGUGGCUCAUGACCCAAAGGCUGCCAGUGCCUCAGAAUGGUACCCCCAAGGAAACUUAUGUUUCGGUUCUUGGAGGAACUGUUGCAUGGUGCAAAAUGGAAAGUCUUUAUAGAAGCCUGCAAUAAGGCAGAAGAGUCCUCAGCCUGCUUCAUUGUAUAAGGGCUGGCGUAGUACAGCCCUUAGGAUUCUGCACAUUGCCUAAAGUGGUUGCAGCUCUGAGCCAAUUUUUGCUUUUCUUUCCUACACUAUAAAUAAUGAACAGAUGCAAAUAUUACUGAUUGUAAAAGAAAGCAGCAGGUCUUUUUUAAAAAUCCUUUUAGGAAGCACUUGUCAGCUUUGGGAAACCUCUGUGUUCUUUGUGGUCGCUGCAUAGCCUGACAUGUCGCUUCUGCCUGUGCAGAGGCAGCUCUUUCUCGAGGUCUAGCCCAGGAGCUAAUGCUCAAAUCCUCCUCCCCUGUCACGGGACAGUUUUGCUUCUCUGAAUGGGCUCCUAGCAGAGGGGCAAUGCCCUCUCUCACUAUUUUCUGACUGCCAUGUUGGCGCAGAACAUCCUCUCCUCAUGGAUCACUGUCCUCAUGCUUCGGCCUUUCCCUCUUCUCAGCUUUUUAAAAAACCAGUUUUAAUUUUUUUGUUUACAGCAGGUAGGCUUGGCCAUUAUUUUCUCAGUUGUUUCUUAUUACUCCUCUUCCCAAAGGAAAACUCAUUUGGAUCAUUGUUCUCCCACCAGCAUCUUCUUCUCUGGCUUUCAUGGAAGAAUGUGUUGACUUAUUUUCUUUAUCACAUUACAUCCAGAGCUGUGUAUCAGGUUCCCCUCCCCCAUCCUUAUUAUAACUGUUUGACCGACAUUAGGCAGAGGUGAUGACUGACAAAAGCCUAACCUGUGAGUUUCAAGACUGAGUGAGGAUUUGAACCCAACUUGCUACAGUCCAAGUUUACUACCAUUCUGUCCACUAGAUCACACUGGCUUGCUAUACUUUCACCCUGAGGACAUGUUUCUUUUGCUAGGCAUUCAGUGUGAAUGAGUGUGUACUGCUGCUGUAAAAAAAGAAAUCUUAAACUGGUCAAAGUGGAAGGUAUCUUUUUUUUAAAAAAAUAGAAACCUCCCUAAUGGUUACGAGGCAAAGGAGCACUGGGAAGCAAGUACACAUCUUUGUGUGAUUUUAUACAUGCUUCCACCCGGCCCCAGUGCUCAAAUUCAGUUCUUACCAGAAGAGAACAAUAGUUUAGUUAGCAUAAACCUAAUCCUAUGUAUGUUUACUUGGAAGUCUGUAAUUCUAAGGGCUGCAUGUGAGCGAGCGUCUUGUUUUUGCUUGCCUUGGGUGUUCAAGCCUCCUUCCCCUACGGGCACCAUUCUUCUUCAGGACGUGCCAGCAUGAAUGACUCACACUACCUCCCUCUCUUACGUGCUCCAAGGUUCUGCCCAUAAGAAUUCUGGGUUUUUCCCUGCAACACUCCCCCAUUGCACAGUUUUUUAACCAGGAUGCUGACUGAAAUGAUAAAGAACUGCCACCACCAUUACUUCUCUCUCCU